AUGGGGGCGGGAGACGGGGGUCCCCGCUUCGGGGUGAAACCAGAGCAUCCGAGCCCUCCAGCUCUGGAGACCCGCUGGCGUGUACCUGCCAAGGACACGGCGUGUUCCCAGCCCCAGCACAGAGAGCUGGCCAGGAAGGUGGAGGAGCUGCAGGAGAAGCUCGACAAGGAGACCAAGGUGAAGCCAGGCAGAAGGCGGCGGGAGCGGGGCCUGACGGCGCUGAAGGGAGCCCUCAAGGAGGAGGUGGCCAGCCACGACAAGGAGCUCGACCGUGUCCGGCAGCAGUACCAAAACGACAUGGAUCAGCUGCGGCGCAGCAUGGAGGACAUCUCGCAGGAUCAGGCCAACCUGGAAUCGGAGAGGCAGAAGAUCAGCACCGUGGUGAGGAACCUGCAGCGGGAGCUGGAGGAGAGCACAGAGGAGACGGGGCACUGGCGGGACAUGUUCCAGAAGAACAAGGACGAGCUCCGUAACACCAAGCAGGAGCUGCUGCAGGUGAAGCUGGAGCGGGAGGAGUUUGAAGAGGAGCUGCGGGAGCUGCGGGAGCGCUUUGCGGCCGCCCGGGAGGAGGCAGACCAGGCGCGGAGCAGCGCGCUGGACCCCGGCGAGCUGGAGUCACUCAGGAAGGAGCUGCGGCAGGCACGGGAGGCGCAGCGGGAGCUGGCGCUGGAGAAGCAGAGCCAGGAGGGGCUGCUGCAGCAGCGCUCCUCCCAAUGGAUGCAAGUCCAAAUUGCUGCCCAAGACACCCCAGCUCUGCAGCUGGUCCCGGGUCCAUCCCGUGCCGUGGCUGCGUUGCAGGCAAAGGCAUCCCUGGAGAGCGCACGGGAAGCGUCAGAGCAGGCGAGGAAGACGGUGGAGUCCAGCCUGCGGGAGCUGCAGGAGCAGAACGACAACCUGAGGAGGAAGGUCCUCGGGAUGGAGACGCAGCUGAAGGAGUAUGAGCGCUUGGGCGAGAACUGGGAGGGCUCCCAGGCACGGCUCAAGGAGAAGGUCACCAAACUGGAGGCAGAGCGCAGGCAGAGGCAGGAGUCUCUGGGCGAAGCCACGGAGCGGGAACAGGAGCUGCUGAUGGCCAAGCGGUCGCUGGAGACCCGCCUGGAGGAGGCGCAGCGGAGCCUGGCCCGGCUGACGCAGGAGCACCAGGAGCUGAGCACGUCGUACCAGGACGAGCAGCGGCAGAAGGAGCAGCUCAAGCGCGCCAAGAGUGAGCUGGAGGAGCAGAAGCGCCUGCUCGAUCGCACCACGGAGAAGCUGAACAAAGAGCUGGAGCAGAUGACGGAGGAGUCGCACAGCUCGCUGGCCGUGCUGAAGUCGCAGCUGGAGGAGUUCAAGGAGAAGUCGCGGAAGGAGAUCACAGACUCACAAAAACAAGCCAAGGAUCGGGGCGCCGAGGUAGAAAAGAUGCAGUUCAGCAUGGGACGGCUGCAGGACGAGGUCGCCCGGCUGAAGCAAGCGCUGCAGGACAGCCAGGCAGAGCGGGAGAGCACGCUGCUGGAUAAGGAGGUGCUGCUCCAGCGCCUGCACAACCUCGAGCAAGAGAUGGAGACCAAGAAACGCUCCCAGGACGAUCGUUCGCGGCACGUCAAGGCACUGGAGGAAAAGUCCAAGCACCUGGAAGUGGAGCUGGAUGAGGAGAGGACCACAGUGGAGCUGCUGACGGAGAGGGUCAACCGGAGCAGAGACCAGAUCGACCAGCUGCGGGCAGAGCUGCUGCAGGAACGCUCCAGCCGGCAGGACCUGGAGUGUGACAAGGUCUCGCUGGAGAGGCGUAAAGCCGCCCGCCCGGCUGCCGAUUCCUCCCUGCAAGACGACCAGCUCAGCUCGGACGAGGAGUUCGACAGCGCCUACGGGCCCUCCUCCAUCGCCUCGCUGCUCAACGAGGCCAACCUCCAGACCAGCUCCUGCCGAUGCCUGCCCGCGCUGCCCCGGCCGCUCCGUCCCGGAGCGGGGCCGCGUCCCAAGAGCCGGGUGAGGGACUGGCCACGGAUGCAGCUGCUCGAUGCAAAAACUCUUCUAAUACCAACGACAUGA